ACUUCCCUUAUUCCCACCUUAAACGUUGCUUCUGGCAAGCGACAGAAGGAUAAAAUGGUUUCGUGGAUUAUAUCCAGAGUUGUCGUGCUUUUCUUUGGCACGCUUUAUCCAGCAUAUUACUCCUACAAAGCAGUCAGGACCAAGUGUGUAAAAGAAUACGUGCGGUGGAUGAUGUAUUGGAUUGUGUUUGCUCUUUAUACUGUAGCAGAGACCAUCGCAGACCUCUCCAUAGCAUGGUUUCCGUUGUACUACGAGUUAAAAAUGUGUGUGGUGAUCUGGUUGGUGUCGCCGUACACCAGAGGAGCCAGUCUGAUCUUCAGGAAGUUCCUGCACCCACUGCUGGCCUCAAGAGAGAGGGAGAUAGAUGAUUACAUUGUUCAGGCCAAAGAGAAGAGUUAUGAGACCAUGGUGAACUUUGGAAGGCAAAGCCUCAGCGUCGCUGCUUCAGUCGCCGUCACUGCUGCUGUCAAGGGACAGGGUGCCAUCAGCGAGCGUCUCAGGAGCUUUAGUAUUCCUGACCUCUCCCAGGUUCCUUCCAGCCAAUCAGCAUUCGCCAAGCCAGCCAAUCAGAGUGCAGACCCCAGGACCCAGGGCUCUGAGUACAAACAGGCAGGACAUGGGGAGGAAGUAGACGGAAUGUUUUCUGAGGAUGACUCAUCGCUGGCAAAGGGUCUGCGCAGAACCCAGAGUGUGAAGAUGAGUCGUGCUAAAGUUGUACGCAAAGAGUCUCGUUACGGCUCCCUGAAAAUUAAAACCAGAAGGAGGCCAGUGAUCACUGCCAACACGUUCGAACAGCCAUGAUGAACAGAAAACAUACCAUAAACCAGCUUGGAUCAUCCCCUUGGGCAAACCGCAAAUGAACAAACUUUGCAUGAACAGGCCUAGUCCUUUUUUUUUUUUUUUUUUUUUUUUUUAAACCACCCCGACCACCCUCUGUAUGAACAGGCCAGGUCAUUAUGUGUCACUGAACAAACCUUGCAUGAAAAAACCCUCAUCAUCCUGUAAUGCAUCAGCAAAGUAUGAACAGUUAGUCAUUCCUUAACACCCACUAAACAGGCCGAGUCAUCGCACAGCACAGCUUUGGUAUGAACAGACCUGAUCAUCCUGCAGCACAUACCAUAAAAACCGCUAUAGAAAGAGGUCUAGUCAAUCCUUCAUAGAAUGGAAGGAUCCUCUGUAUAACUAGGACAGAUUAUGCAAUAACACACCACAAAAGCAUCUGCAUCAAUAGGCCUAGUCAUUCUCUAACACACCACUGAGGACUGUACUAAAGGUGAUUUAACGGAUAUCAUCAUUCCAGAAGACACCUCAAGAGCCUCUAUGAACAUCUAUGUCAUAUGCUGAUGAUGUAACCUAUUUCUGAGUAGCACCCGUAUCCGUAUACCUGAUCAUUCCUCAACACACACCACAGAAACCACUAUAUUAACAAGUCAAAUCAAUCUGUAACACACAGCAGAAGCAGAGUGUAAUGUCAAACGCAUCACAAAAACCAUCUGUGUCAACAGGCCUGUCGUUCUGUAUCAUUCGUCCAACAAACCCGAGGAUCAGAACGAUGUUGCCUUUGUAUAACAACAGAGAUGAUCAGCUAAAGAUCAAACGACACCUAAAGAGCCUCGAGGAACAGUCCUGAUUAGAUCGUUUGAAAAUAUACUAAAGGGAAACAUCUAACAGACCCUGUCAUCAUAUCAUGUAAUACAAAUCCAUAAUGCCAGUGUAGGAACAAGAUCUGUCGUUCCCGUGUGGGUGGCAUGGUCGCCUCACAGCAAGAAGGUUCCGGGUUCGAACCCAGCGGCCGGCGAGGGCCUUUCUGUGUGGAGUUUGCAUGUUCUCCCCGUGUCUGCGGUUUCCCCCACAAUCCAAAGACAUGCAGUUAGGUUGACGUGGGGCGGCCUUGGGCUGAGGUGCCCUUGAGCAAGGUACCUGAUCCCUGACUGCUCCCCGGGCGCUCUAGUGUGGCUGCCCACUGCUCUGAGUGUGUGCGUGUGUUCACUGCUUCAGAUGGGUUAAAUGCAGAGGAUGAAUUUCACUGUGCUUGAAGUGUGUGUGUGACGAAUAAAGGUUUCUUCUUCUCUAACACACACCCAAGGAUCCUCUAUAGGAACAGCUUCAUCAGUCUGUAACACACAUUCAGUGAGCGUAGAUAUAAACAGGCUUCAUCAUUCUGUAACAAACCAAAGGACCUUCUAUACGAACAGGCUUUAUCAUUUCAUCAUUCCGUAAUAAACCCAAGGACCUUCUAUACAAAUAGGCUUCAUGAUUUCAUCAUUCUUUAACAAACCCAAGGACCUUAUUAUGAACGGGCUUCAUCAUUUCCUCAAACCAUAACAAACCCAAGGACCUUACUAUGAACGGGCUUCAUCAUUUCAUCAAACCGUAACAAGCCCAAAGACCUUAUUAUGAACGGGCUUCAUCAUUUCAUCAAACCGUAACAAACCCAAAGACCUUAUUAUGAACGGGCUUCAUCAUUUCAUCAAACCAUAACAAACCCAAAGACCUUACUAUGAACGGGCUUCAUCAUUUCAUCAAACCAUAACAAACCCAAGGACCUUAUUAUGAACGGGCUUCAUCAUUUCCUCAAACCGUAACAAACCCAAAGACCUUAUUAUGAACGGGCUUCAUCAUUUCAUCAAACCGUAACAAACCCAAAGACCUUAUUAUGAACGGGCUUCAUCAUUUCAUCAAACCGUAACAAACCCAAAGACCUUAUUAUGAACGGGCUUCAUCAUUUCCUCAAACCAUAACAAACCCAAGGACCUUAUUAUGAACGCGCUUCAUCAUUUCAUCAAACCGUAACAAACCCAAGGACCAUACUAUGAAUGGGCUUCAUCAUUUCCUCAAACCAUAACAAACCCAAAGACCUUAUUACGAACGGGCUUCAUCAUUUCAUCAUUCCGUAACAAACCCAAGGACCUUACUACGAACGGGCUUCAUCAUUUCAUCAUUCCGUAACAAACCCAAGGACCUUACUAUGAACGGGCUUCAUCAUUUCAUCAUUCCGUAACAAACCCAAGGACCUUACUACAAACGGGCUUCAUCAUUUCAUCAUUCCGUAACAAACCCAAGGACCUUAUUAUGAACGGGCUUCAUCAUUUCAUGAAACCAUAACAAACCCAAGGACCUUAUUAUGAACGGGCUUCAUCAUUUCAUGAAACCGUAACAAACCCAAGGACCUUAUUAUGAACGGGCUUCAUCAUUUCAUCAAACCGUAACAAACCCAAAGACCUUAUUAUGAACGGGCUUCAUCAUUUCAUCAAACCGUAACAAACCCAAGGACCUUAUUAUGAAUGGGCUUCAUUUCAUCAUUCCGUAAUAAACCCAAGGACCUUCUAUAUGAAUAGGCUUCAUGAUUUCAUCAUUCCGUAACAAACCCAAAGACCUUAUUAUGAACGGGCUUCAUCAUUUCAUCAAACCGUAACAAACCCAAGGGCCUUAGGGCCUCUACAUGCUCUUGCGACAAGGCUUUCGCAGAUAGCUUUUCGCAGACAGUUGUAAUUUAUCGUUGAGCGGGGAGUAAUAGGCGUGCGCGAUGUUAUUCACCGCCACAACGCAAGGGGGUGCGAAGUCGCGAAAUCGCUAGGAGAAGUUGGUGGGUGUGGUUAGUUGAGUGUUUAUCCUCCGGUUACUUAUAAUGACUAGAACUGGAGUCGUAUAGAUGUACGUACUUCCUUACUUCCUCGAUCAGCCGCUCUUCGUGCUGCUCCAUCUUUGCUCGUGUUUUUAAAAAUGGCGGUAGUGAAAACAAAACAAACCGGGAAAGUAGGGAAGCGGAAGUGCGUGUACAGCAGAUGUAGAGUGGACCAAUCAGAGCCCUCUUGUCUGCGACGCUGUCUGCGAGGCUUCUGCGGUGGUCACAAUUUUUGGGAGGUGCACGCAGGGUGUCUGCGAAGGGGGGGGGGGACUACGCAGGCGCCAUCUGCGAUGCCAUCUGCGAGGACUGCGUUGUCAGCAUAAAUUGGCCUUUACUAUGAACGGGCUUCAUCAUUUCAUCAAACCGUAACAAACCCAAGGACCUUAUUAUGAACGGGCUUCAUCAUUUCAUCAAACUGUAACAAACCCAAGGACCUUAUUAUGAAUGCGCUUCAUCAUUUCUUCAAACCGUAACAAACCCAAGGACCUUACUAUGAACGGGCUUCAUCAUUUCAUCAAACCGUAACAAACCCAAGGACCUUAUUAUGAACGGGCUUCAUCAUUUCCUCAAACCUUGACAAACCCAAGGACCUUAUUAUGAACGGGCUUCAUCAUUUCAUCAAACCGUGACAAACCCAAGGACCUUAUUAUGAACGGGCUUCAUCAUUUCCUCAAACCGUAACAAACCCAAGGACCUUACUAUGAACGGGCUUCAUCAUUUCCUUAAACCGUAACAAACCCAAGGACCUUAUUAUGAAUGGGCUUCAUCAUUUCUUCAAACCGUAACAAACCCAAGGACCUUACUAUGAACGGGCUUCAUCAUUUCUUCAAACCGUAACAAACCCAAGGACCUUAUUAUGAACGGGCUUCAUCAUUUCAUCAAACCGUAACAAACCCAAGGACCUUAUUAUGAACGGGCUUCAUCAUUUCAUCAAACCGUAACAAACCCAAGGACCUUACUAUGAACGGGCUUCAUCAUUUCAUCAAACCGUAACAAACCCAAGGACCUUACUAUGAACGGGCUUCAUCAUUUCUUCAAACCGUGACAAACCCAAGGACCUUAUUAUGAACGGGCUUCAUCAUUUCAUCAUUCCGUAACAAACCCAAGGAUAUUUUUACAUGAAUUUUUUGUUUUUUAUUCUGUAACCUACCUGAGGAACCUCUAUAUGAAUGGGGUUAGUCAUUCCAUAACACACCAGACGAUGAUGAUCAUCAAUAUGAACAGGCUUUGUCAUUUUCCAAGGAUCUUAAAUACAAACGGACUUCGUUGUUCCAUCAUUACACACCAGAUGAUCCUCUCUAUAAAUGGGAUUCGUCAUUCCGUAAAACACACCUGAGCGUCUACUAUAUGAAUGGGCUUCAUCAUUACAUAGCGAAUACACCUGAGGAGUCUUGAAAACUUUUUUUUUUUCCUAGGUUAUCCCUUAACACAUUCUAAUAUUAAACAUUUAGUCUGAAACUAAACAUCAGCACAACAUUUUAGCCUGGGAACCCGAUCACUCGUGUUUAUUACCUUUAGUUGCUUUGCGUCCUCGUAACUUUAUAUAAAAAUAUAAGGCUGCUAGAAAAGGCUGCAUCAUUCAGUGCUAAGUAAUGAAAUCAAAUCAAUACUGGCCUAAAAUGCUGGAUAACAUUUAACAUAAACACGCCGUGAAGAUGUGUAACGCUGACUGACAAUUUUCUUAAUUUUUUGGGAUCAUCGUUUCGCAUCUUAAGCACUUUCUAUUAAAAGAUAAUAUUAUGGGAUGUCGUCAUAGCAACGUCUUUUGAAACAGUUCUGACCUUUAUUAAUAUGUGUAUCAGAUCAGGAUAUUAUUUAUUUACGAUAUUUAGAUUAAGACCAAAUUCUUAUAAGAGCAUGUCUGUAUCGUACAUUCAUUUCCACUUUGAGAAUGGGAGACACAAUGACACACAUCCAGUCGUGUUUCAUAAACGCUGGUCUUUAUUUUAUUUCAGCACUCCGCUCGUUUCCAGCAGGGACAGCAGUGAUGAUAUUGUUUCGGUUUGAGUUUUGUUGCAAUACCAAAAAGUGGCCUUUAUUUCCUGAAUGGAAUGAAGCCUGAGCUCAUAUUCAGCACUUCUCCAACACUGACGUACCCAUUUCCUGUCUGGAAGUCGUAAUGCUCGGCGGCAUGUUUACAAUUUAGUCUUUGUGUUUUUGUUUUUUGCUUUUUUUUUUUCCGUCUUGUACAUUGUAAUAGUGCUUUGUUUAGGGCAUGUGCAGAUAAUUUUAUCAUCAACACAAUGUUGUGUUGUUUUUGUUUCAAAUGUCGUGUAUUCCUGUGUUCGAUUCAGAAGGAGUCGAUUUUCAAAGGCACCAUUUUGAGGAGCGCUUUGUGCUCCAAAUCCUGAAGGCCGUAUCCCAUAAUACGGUUCACAUGACAAGAAUUGCCUCAAUGUUCAGAAGCUAUGGCAGAAGUAAACUAACCAUUUAUGAAAUACAA